CAUCUAGCCAUUGUUGCAACUCAUCUAGCCAUUGUUGCAACUCCUCAGACUAUUGUUGCAACUCGUCUAGCCAUUGUUACAACUCAUCUAGCCAUUGUUACAACUCAUCUAGCCAUUGUUACAACUCAUCUAGCCAUUGUUACAACUCAUCUAGCCAUUGUUGCAACUCAUCUAGCCAUUGUUACAACUCAUCUAGCUAUUGUUACAACUCAUCUAGCCAUUGUUACAACUCAUCUAGCCAUUGUUGCAACUCAUCUAGCCAUUGUUGCAACUCAUCUAGCUAUUGUUACAACUCAUCUAGCCAUUAUUGCAACUCAUCUAGCCAUUGUUGCAACUCAUCUAGCCAUUGUUACAACUCAUCUAGCUAUUGUUAAAUAA